CCGAGGCAGUCGCUGCCAUAUACACUGGUGCUCGGUUGAUGAAAAGUCUUGUACCGUUCAAUUCUGACAAGACCCCCAUCAUCGCCUUGUUGACGAUGUCAGAUACUAUCACCUAUUUUACAAUGAUGAGCAUUUUACGUGCCAACUACGUGUUCUUCCCAUCUCCCCGCGGAACUCGGCGUUUGCCGUCGCACACCUUUCGCACAAGGUGGGCGUACAGCACGUCCUUGUCGGUAGAGACGCUGCUAUGCAAACUCUUGCCCACGACGCAAUUGAGCUCUUGAGAUCUCGAUAUCUAUCGGCUGAGCUGCCACAGACAUCUACGGCUCAGGCUUUUGAUGACCUCUUUUUGCCCGAAUGGCAGAAGAACACGAGUGCUGGGGGCCUUCCUCUUAGGAGUGAAGAUCCCCACGCCAUCGUCAUGUACCUGCACUCAUCUGGAUCGACAGCAUACCCGAAACCAGUGCCUUGGAGCGGUCACCGUCUGGUUCAAAUAAGUCUUAUACCUUGGUUCGGGGAAAGAGACUUGUGCGACGUCCUUUUCGCCGUACAUGUGAUGCCCAUGUACCAUGGACUUGUCAUUACACGGCUUUGUUGGACGGCAUCGUCGGGGUUAGUUGUAGGAGCAUUCGAACCCAAAUUCCCUGCCACACUUCCAACACCAGAUAAACUGUUUGCUUCGGCCAAAGCGGUCAGCAGCGAUUUGAUAUUUUGUGUUCUAUCGUUUGUCGAGCCUUUCCUCAGGCAUGGUCCCACUGUCUGGAGUAUAUUGAAUGGCUGGCCACGCGUUUGUGGAGUGCUCUAUAGCGGUGGCCCAUUGAAUAAGGUCAUUGGAGAUGACCUAAAAUCUAAAGGCAGUGAUAUUUUCAUUGUCUACGGAUCUACCGAAUGUAGUAUAAUCAGUUCUAUUUUACCUGCCAAAUCUAGUUACGAUUGGGACUACUUCGAAUUUCCCGGGUUCAUAGCACCAGAAAUGAUGCCAAAUGGGAAGAACCUGUACGAGUUUGUAAUGGUGAAAAAUGCCUUCUGCGUACCCAGUAUCAUCAACACAGAUAUCAAUGGUGUUGAUGCCUAUGCUACGUCAGAUCUCUUGAUGCGGCACCCGACUAAGCCAGGAUUAUGGAAAAUCCUUGGGCGCACCGACGACCAAAUUGUUCAUAACACAGGAGAGAAGAGGAACCCCAUACCAUUGGAGAGCAUGCUCAACCAAGAUCCUCACGUGUCCGCCGCUGUCAUGUUUGGCUGAGGGCAAUUCCAGG